UCAUCUUUGACAUUUGAAGACAAAAGCAACCCAAGAACGAUGGCAUUGAUUAGCAAGAUUUGGACAACUCAAUUAUGCAGGAAUUUCAUGGUUGUACACAGCAAACGACAAAUGGGCACGUUGAAAGCACAUUGAUAGAUAGACAAAAAUGCCCCACUUCCUGGUAUCCUCACUCAAAACUGUCUUGUUUCUUUCAAUGUUUCUGUGCUUGCAUUACAGGUCCACAAGCAAUGUGUCCUGGAAACUUGUGUCAUCAUGGGCAAGCAUGGGAAGAUGAGCAACUUGCCAUUAACAAUCUGACCAAAGGACUUCAAGCUGCUGUGAAAAGCAUUCAAUGGACAUAUUCAAUCUACUGGAAAUACUGCCCUUACCAUAGGCUGCUGAAGUGGGGUGGUGGGUAUUACAAUGGGAGAAUGAAUGGCACAAAAAUGGAGGAUGGGGGCCUGCAGAGGACAUUGAAGUUGAGAGAACUUUAUGAGUGCCUUUGCAGUGGUAGAGAGGGUGAAGGGAAUCAAUGGAAGCCUUUUUCUGCAUUGACUCCAGAAGACCUGACUGACACUGAAUGGUUCUACUUUGUUUCCAUGACCUUCACCUUUGCUGCUUCUUUUGGAUUACCUGGUCAAGCUCUGGCAAAUGGGUCUCCCAUGUGGCUAUUUGGAGCUAAUGAAGCUGACAGUAAAGUCUUCAGACGUAGCCUUCUUGCCAAGAGUGCCAGCAUUCAGACUGUCAUCUGCAUCCCUCUCAUAGAUGGUGUGCUGGAAUUGGGUAGCAAUGAUCUGGUGAUUAUUUUCAGUUCUGGUACAUGAAGACCAAGAUAUAAUGUUACAGGCAAAAAGGCUUUUCCUUGAACAUUAUUUGAAGCCAGAGCUUUUGGAAUAUUCUUCAGCUAGCCCUUAAAGCUUGGACAAGAGAGCACAAGCACUUGUGAUGUCAGUCCACAGUCCUAUAUCAGUUGAAGGUCUUACCCAAGAACUUGGUGGGGAUGACAUUUGUUUUGUAGAAUGUGAAGUAGAUGGCAAGUUUUCAAUUUAGAAAAAUGUUCUUGAUGGUAACAAAAUUGGGUGCUUUGCCUAAUGUUUGAGGGAUUGCGCAGAACAAAGUGUUCGGUCGAAUUUAAAAAGAUCUUUUAACCCA